AUGUCAACUUCGUCUACACCUUAUUAUAUUGAAAACUAUGAACCAGUCUCUGCUUACUUAAGUGGACCUGAAAAUUAUGAACCAGCGCCUACUUACUCCAAUAGGCCUGAAGAAUAUAAACCAAUGCCAGUCUAUUCAAAUAGACAUGAAGAAUGUGAACCAACACCUACUUGCCAGGAUAAACCCGAAGUUGGUAAAACAAGUAACCACAAAGUCGUACCUACUAG